AUGAUUUCCGAAUUUAGAAAAAUGAAAUAUCUUUUUCUAUUUCACUCUUUCUUUGACACAAAUUCGAGUGGGAGUAUAGACAAAAGUGAUUUUGAGGUGGCUAUAAAAAAUAUAGCCAAAUUGCGAGGAUGGAAACCUGAUGAUGACAAAUACAAAGAAACUGAAUCAAAAUUAAUGAAAAUCUGGAGCUCGUUAGAAAAUGCUGCCGAUUCCAAUAAAGACGGCCAAAUUUCAAUUGAAGAAUGGUUGACAAUGUGGGAGAAAUUUGCUGAAAAUCCUUCAGCACCUUUUGAAUGGCAGACUCUGUAUUGCAAAUUUAUCUUCGAACUUGAAGAUGCUAGUAGUGACGGGGUAAUAGAUAGUGAGGAGUUCUCAACAGUUCAUGAGUGCUUCGGACUUCUGAAAGAAGACAGUGAGGCUGCGUUUAAAUUUAUGACUAGGGGAAAGCAAAGUAUUACAUGGGAAGAAUUUCAAGAGCUAUGGACACAGUAUUUCACUUCUGAAAGCCCAAUGGAUCCCGGGAAUUUCAUUUUUGGUGCAGCGACAUAUUAG